AUGAAUUCGAAUAAUAACGAGCAUCAAUGGCAGAAUUGGGAUAUUCGAACUGCUUAUAAACCCAUGCAAUGGCGAUCGUUGGUGUCCGCACCAAUAUGUGCACUAUGUAAGAAAGCUGUCUAUCCGGCAGAAGAACUGAAUGCAGCUGGUCAAAAGUUUCAUAAACUUUGUCUCAAGUGCACGGCAUGCAGUACAUUACUCAAUCCUGGUAAUCUCAAUGAACAUGAAAAAAAGAUUUAUUGUGUUCCAUGCCAUCGUCGACAAUUUGGUCCUCGGGGAGUUGGCCGUGGUCUGGCGACUUCUUCGUCAUUCAAUGCUAAUACACCACCAGCUAGUCCUCGAAUGAAUCAUGGCAAUCAACGAAAAAUAUCAACGGGAUCAUCACCAUCUCGUACAUCAUCGGAUGAUGAAUCACGUUGUACUUCCAGUGUAUCAUCUAUUAACGAAGUACCUAUUCGACAAGUAUCACCGGCAAUGAAUGGUACAACAUUCAAAAUGAUGAAUAUUUCACAGAACAUCUGUCCACGUUGUUCCAAAACUGUCUAUUCAGCUGAAGAAGUCAAAGCUGCUGGCAAAUCAUUUCAUAAACGAUGUUAUACUUGUGCACACUGUAAGAGAAGUAUCAGUGGUGGUCGAUACUGUGAACAUGAUGGAGAACUAUAUGACAACAAUUGUUAUCAACGUUUGUUUGGACCGAACGGCGUAUCGUUAUGA